CCUUGCAACGCAGACGCAAUUUUAUUUACAUCUGACGGUUUGAAUUAUUCUAUUCAAGAUCUAACGGCUACAGAUUAUUCUGAAUUUCUGGGUUUUCUCAAGUUCUCUCAAUGAAUACUCCGUUCCUGACCCAGUUCCGGCGAGGCAGUGACCAUAUUCUUCUGUUAUCCGGCGACCUGAAGGGGUUGGGUUCCUGAACCCGAACCCUAGUUCCCUCACGAACAGAAAUACCCCUUCAAUUUCAGCAAAAAAUUUCCCAUUUAGCUCACUCACCAGGCCGUUGUUCUCCAUAGAGAAGCUUUACCAGACAUCUACAUUCAGCUAUUCCUAAGACAGAGUUUAGCCUGCUGGAAGAAGGAAUCUGUAGAAUCUGUUCCAGAAACUCAGUCGCUUAUGGAGGGAGGAGUGGGGAUGACACAGCCGCAGCUGCAGCAAGGGCAGCCACCGCAAGCCCAGCCGCAGGCGCCAGUAGUGGUGGAGAGGCUGAACCAGGAAGUGGUGCAGCUACUGAACCUGGAGGCAGUGAAGACUCGAGCAAUGAGUCUCUACAAGGCAAUUUCUCGCAUUCUUGAAGAUUUUGACGCUUAUGCUCAGACCAAUACCAUCCCCAAAUGGCAGGAUAUUCUGGGGCAAUAUUCGAUGGUGAAUCUAGAGCUUUUUAACAUUGUUGAAGAUGUGAGGAAAGUUUCCAAGGCCUUUGUGGUGCAUCCAAAGAAUGUUAAUGCUGAGAGUGCUGCUGUUUUACCUGUUAUGUUGUCCUCCAAGCUACUGCCGGAGAUGGAAAGUGAUGACAACUCAAAGAGAGAGCAGUUACUGCAUGGUGUUCGGAACUUGCCAAUACCCAUGCAAAUUGAGAGUUUAAAGGCGAGGAUUGACAUGAUUGCGACAGCUUGUGAGAAUGCAGAGAAAGUAUUAGCUGAUACUCGUAAAGCCUACGGCUUUGGUACUCGUCAAGGCCCUACUAUUCUUCCCACUUUGGACAAGGGUCAAGCUGCUAAGAUCCAAGAACAGGAGAAUCUGCUCCGUGCUGCUGUGAAUUAUGGUGAAGGAACACGACUUCCCGGAGACCAGAGGCAGAUUACCACUGCACUUCCACCACAUCUAGCAGAUGUGCUAACUGUCAAUGAUGGAGGGGGCAAUUUCACUGACUCGUCUGGUAGAAGCAUGCCCAUGAAGAAUGCGUUAACCAUGUCAUCGAACAGCAUCAACAGUCAGGGCAACCUUUUGCAGACUUCUGGAGUACAUCUCAUGGGAAGGUCAGCUGCAUCUCCAUCAGGUCCAACUGGUGGUAGCUUUGAUAACACACAAUCUCCUCUACCAUAUGCUAACUCACCUCGAUCUGGUGCUACGAUGGUUAAUGCACCGUCUCCUCAACAACAAACCCAGCAACAACAAAUUCAACAACAGCAAAGGGCAAAAUUACUGCAGCUGCCUCAACAUCAACAGCAACUGCUCGCGCAACAACAGCUUAGGCAAUCUUCUAUGCAAGGACUUGGUCAGAUGCCUUCACUCCACGACUUGCACGGGCAAGCUCAGCAGAAGUUUCAAACGUUACAUGGUCAACAUCAAAUGCCAUAUUCUCAGCCAAUGGGGCACCAACAAUUCCAAGCUCGGCAGCUACCAACUGGGCAUCUUCAGCACGGCAUGGCUCAAGGCCAACUCAAUCCAGCAAUGAACCGUCAUUUAAACCAGUUUUCAGGCACACCAAACACCGGACUUUUUACUACUGCACAGGGGACACCGAGCAGCCAGAUGAUUCCGAACAUGUCAGGGACUAUAUCAUCUCAGACACUCCAUCCAAGGAUGCAGUUUGGAUUAUCUGGUGUCAACCAACAGAGGACACAUGCUUCUCAGAUCUUGGGGGACCAAAUGUUUAAUAUGGGAGCAACGAAUACCGGUGGAAUGAUGCCGAUACAGCAGCAGCAGCAGCAGCAACCACAAUCGCAAAUGCAACAACAACAACAACAACAACAAGGAGGAGGAGGAGGCUUUGGAAGCAUGCAAGGGAAUGCCCAGAAUCUACAACCUCCUAAUAUGGUGCCAUUGCAAAAUGCACAACAGAACCUUCAAAACUUGGGUGGUGGUCAACAAAUGCAGCAGAACCCACAAUAACUUGAAUUCAUCUCGUUUGUCGUUUGGCUUCUUGGUAUUAGUGGUUUAAAAUAUGCUCACCACAUCUCAUUUAAGCCAAGGUUCAAGAAAGGACCAUAUUUUCUUUGUCGUGAUCAUCGGUUUCUCCCAUUUCGUAAUACUGUUUAAGGAACCGCCUGUGCACAGAUUUUUUUUUUUUUUAAAUAUUUUGGUUAAUCCAUAUCAAUGACCUUUUUCCAGAGAGAACACUUUUGUAUAAUUGAAGCUGUUAGGAAUGGUUAUUAUGGAUUUUGGUUAGGUAAUUUUUUGGUUCAA